GGUCAUUCUAUCUAUUGCUUAUUUCAGCCAGAGCAGCAUCGCUGGACGUUUUAUUAUAGUCCGUGGAUAUCCCACCGAUACACCACACCUCUUCUAAAAAGGGAGUCUGACAGCUGCAGUCAUGGUGAGGCUAGACCUGGGAAGUGUAGUCCUCCGAAGGAUGAGGCUAGAAGACAUAGAGGCGGUCAAAGGUUUGAUAAAGGAGGGCUGCGAGGGCACAGAGAACCGGCUGAUCCUGCAUCUCCUCACUCGCCCUCUGGCGCUCUUCAUGUUGGCCGUCCUCUCGUCCAUCCUGCGCUGCGUUCUGCACUCCUUCAUCCUGGCCUUGGUCAUUCCCGUGUUCAUCGUCAUCAUCUACCUCAAGCUCACGCUGCCCCGCUCCACUGGGAUCCUGGGAGCACGCCGGCCGUACUGGGACUACGUGGGCAGCACCUACCUGGCGGAGAGAGACUCCGAACUCGAGAACCCCUACUCACGGAUGGCCAGGCCCGUAGGGGUCAGAGGCAAAGCCCAGGAGAAGGCUAAGCGGAAGAAGAAGAAGGAGGAAAAAGGAAAAGAGGCCGAGAACCACGACAUGGAAGAUCUGCAGGACCGAGCGCGAGUGGCAGGGGAGGUGUGGGUGGUGGACUGCGACGGGGAAGUCAUCGGCUGCGUGUCCAGGGAGCCGGUGAACCGCUCGGGGGCGACCCGCAUCUGCAGGCUAGUGGUGCAGAGCUGGUACCGGAGGGAAGGCCUGGGCAGCCUGCUGGUGCAGUGUCUCACGAACCGGGAGAAGGAGCGGGGCUCCCGGAGGGUCUACGCCCACGUGCCCUUCCCCUCCCGCGUGGGGGAGCUCUUCUUCAGGAAGCUGGGAUACCGGCUACAGGGCGAGGUGGCUGACGGGGAGGAAGUGCUGAAUAAGGACUUCGAAGAGCCUCAGAAGGGCUGGCUGGGAUUCCCUGUCACUAAAGUAUUUGUGAAAGACCUAUGA